AUGUUUCGACCAUUCGAGAAAACGGUCCUCAGUACAAUUGCGCUGUAUGCCGCUAUUCUUUGUGGUGGGGUUCAUGCAUGUGGGGAUUGGUCAAAUAAUUCCUGGACGGUGCAACUGCCUACAGCAACGACUCCAAUCCGCAACGAGUUUGCAGCAAGUAUUACUGGAUUCAGUGACGAUGGUGCAUACUCCAUCGGCGUAAUCGAUAAUGCGGGCAGCAUCACUUGGAACAAUCGAACGACUCAGGUCAUUAUAAGAGAUCAGAUCCCGUAUGGCGGGCAUCUUGUGCUAUACAGCUUGAUAGGAACCAACGCGGACGAAAUUCUUGAAGGCUGGGCGUAUUGUACUGGAGGUGCGCUGACAUCACUGUUCAUGGAAACCACUGGCGGGAUCUCAGGUUUUAUCAAUAGUACCAUAUCAGGCACAUGCAAUGUCAAAGCGGAAGCAACGAGUGUGAACCUGAAGACAAGUUCAGAGUGUCUCAGGGUGACACUGCCCUCCAAAGUGCCAACGAUAGAUGGCGGCAACCUACUCUCCCUCCCACACGGCGAGGCUGGCAAUGUUACGCUCGGGACGCAAGAGUUCAAUCUGAUACCGUUUGCAAUUGUCGAUUGCACUAAUUGUUCAGACGCGGGUCCAAGCGGAGGUUGGAUUGAAAUCCAUACUGUGCUAACAAGCAAAGCCUCCGCCGAUGUCUGCUUGGGUAUAUUCUAUUUAUAUUUGGCAUGCGCCGGCACGGUCAGUGUUCAAUAUGUACAGUGUUUCGAGGGCGAUGCUACAAGCCGCACUUUCUACGCAGGCUACGAUCUGAGCGAUCUUAUUGGAAGCUCCAUAGAAGGAGUAAACACAUCUUGUGAAGCAAGCUCAAGUUUUGGGACAACCAAUUCAGACAACAUUUCGGAUGCGCUGGGACGAAUUGUUCCAGUGGGUCAGCUUGUAGCCUUAGCGACCGUUUUGGCCUUCUUCAUGGCUUCUUGA